AUGCUCUCUCAAAGCGACCUGCAAAGCUAUCUCAAACGCGUCGGCUUGGCUACUACUGGCCCCGUACAGGCCCCAGGGCUCCAACCCCAAGGACCCACCCUCAACCUGUUGCGGCAAAUCCAAAAGCACCAGCUCCUCUCCAUUCCCUACGAGAACCUCUCCCUGCACUGGCGCCCCGUGCACACCACAGACACCACAAUUCCCGGGCCCUCAUUCGUAUCACCACCUUUCGAUCUCUCGAACGAAUCCCUAGUCCAGAAAUUGAUCCUCCAUUGCCGGGGUGGCUAUUGUCUCGAACUCAAUUGUCUUCUAGGCGCAGCACUCCAAGCGCUUGGGUUCUCAGUUGUGAGGGUCACUGCGAGGAUCGUAUGCGGAUUCGAAGUCUUGUCUGAACGACUCGCGAGCGAGCGUGCCGGAGCCUUGACCGAGGAUCAAAUCCGAGAGACCGAGACGUUUUCGAGUGAUGAGUCCGGGUGGGAGACACAUCAGAUGCUGUUGGUCAGUCUUCUACCAACUAAUGGCAGCGACCGGGAGGAAUACCUCGUAGACGUGGGCCUUGCCAAGUACUCGAUUCUCGAGCCGAUCGCCUUAUCGUCAUCGUUUUCUUUGGUUGGUACGGAAUACCAAGGUGUGAUGGGCAAACGCUUCCGUAUUUCCCCUGCCGGCGGUAGUGGUGAUCGCUGGAAUCUCUCUGUUCGCUUCCCUGGAUCACGAAUCUGGUUCCCGUACUAUACCUUCGCCGCAAAGGCUGCGGACCCUGCACAGAUCGCGAAUAUUCAUUAUUACAUGUCCAUGUCGCCGUCUUCGACCAGCCCUCCAGAACCGUUUGCGACGAUGCCUCGGAACGAUGGGGCUGGGCAGGUGACGCUGCAAGGAUUGACGUUGACGAUGGAGGAGCGUGAGCAAGGGUCGGAGAAGGAGAGGCGUAUUUUUUGUUACUAA